UGGUUGGCCUAGAGCGCAGCUGCCGAGGAUGGGGAGGCGCGGCCGCUGCUCAGCAGCCGCGGGCGGAGGCUCGGGACCACCGCUGCCGCCGCUGCUACUGCUACUGUUGUUGCUGAUGGCGGUGCCCGGCGCGGGCGCGGCCCCGCGCUCGGCGCUGUACUCGUCCUCCGACCCGCUGACGCUGCUGCAGGCGGACACGGUGCGCGGCGCAGUGUUGGGCUCCCGCAGCGCUUGGGCAGUGGAGUUCUUUGCCUCCUGGUGCGGCCACUGCAUCGCCUUCGCCCCGACGUGGAAGGCGCUGGCCAAGGAUGUCGAAGACUGGAAGCCGGCGCUGAAUCUCGCUGCCCUGGACUGUGCUGAUGAGACCAACAAUGCAGUCUGCAGAGACUUCAACAUCCUUGGCUUCCCAACUGUGCGGUUCUUUAAGGCCUUUUCCAAGAAUGGCUCGGGAACACCAUUGUCAGUGGCUGGAGCAGAUGUGCAGACCCUGCGGGAGAGGCUUAUUGAUGCUCUGGAGACCCAUCAUGACACGUGGCCCCCAGCCUGUCCACCACUGGAACCUGCCAGGCUGGAGGAAAUUAAUGGAUUCUUUGCAGGAAACAAUGAAGAGUACCUGGCCUUGAUCUUUGAAAAGGAAGGUUCCUAUCUGGGUAGAGAGGUGACUCUGGACCUGUCCCAGUACCAAGGUGUGGCAGUGCGCAGGGUCCUGAACACAGAAGAAGACGUGGUGAACAAGUUUGGCAUCACCAAUUUCCCAUCUUGCUACCUGCUAUUUCGGAAUGGCUCUGUCACUCGGGUCCCUGUGCUUGUGGAAUCCAGGUCCUUCUAUACCAGUUACCUGCAGAGGCUUUCUGGGGUCACCAGAGAGGCAUCCCAGACCACAGUUGCGCCAACUACAGCUAACAAGAUUGUUCCCACUGUUUGGAAAUUUGCAGAUCACUCCAAGAUCUACAUGGCCGACUUGGAAUCCGCACUACACUACAUCCUACGGGUAGAAGUGGGCAAGUUCUCAGUCCUGGAGGGGCAGCGUCUGGCGGCCCUGAAAAAAUUUGUGGCAGUGCUAGCCAAGUACUUCCCUGGCCAGCCCUCAGUCCAGAACUUCCUGUACUCCACCAGUGACUGGCUCAAGAGGCAGCAGAGAAAGAAAAUUCCCUACAGUUCUUUCAAAGCGGCCCUGGAUAACAGGAAGGAGGGCGCUGUUAUUGCCAAGAAGGUGAACUGGGUUGGCUGCCAAGGGAGUGAGCCACAUUUCCGGGGCUUUCCCUGCUCUCUGUGGAUCCUCUUCCACUUCCUGACAGUGCAGGCAACUCGACAAAAUCUGUACCACUCAUGGGAAACAGCCAGGCCCCAGGAUGUCCUCCAAGCUAUCCGGAGCUAUGUUCGAUACUUCUUUGGCUGUCGCGACUGUGCUAGUCACUUUGAGCAGAUGGCCGCUGCCUCCAUGCACCGGGUGGACAGUCUGGAUGGCGCUGUACUCUGGCUCUGGGCUAGCCACAACAAGGUCAAUGCUCGCCUCGCAGGUGCCCUCAGUGAGGACCCCUAUUUCCCUAAGGUGCAGUGGCCAACACGUGAACUCUGUUCUGCCUGCCACAAUGAGCUCCGGGGUGAGCCAGUGUGGGACCUGGGCGCCACCCUCAGCUUCCUCAAGGCUCACUUCUCCCCACAUAACAUCGUCCUGGGCAUUCCUCAAGCUGGGCCAGGCCUCCAGGAGAUUAGGGAGCGGAAUGUAGGAGCCCUGGAGCUGGUGACUAGAACACCGGAGCUGGUGACCGGAAACCCAACUCUGAGCCUGGAGGAGGCUGCAGUCAUAAUGGGUCCAGAGACAGCAUCCCCCAGAAACUCCAUUCCAGAUGUUCCAGCUGAGAGACCUGGGGCAGGUCAUCCCCAGGAACCAAGCCCUGGCCUAGGUGUGAGCGAUGCAGCGCUGGACCAGGGACCUCCUGAGCACACAGCAGAGCUUCCAGGACGUGAGUUGGAACAGCUCCAGGGGCAGCGACACUUGAGCAAGCGAGACACAGGGGCCAUGUUACUGGCCAGGUUCCCAGCUGAGAAGGACCUCCUCAGGGAUGGUUUAGAAUUGAGGCGAGUGGGCAGAAGCUCCAAGCAGCUGGCCAGCAUCCCUGAAGGGGAGUCCGAGGCCAAAGCCAUGCAGGGCCGAGGCCAGUGGCUGCAGGUGCUGGAAGGGGGCUUCUCCCACCUGGACAUCAGCCUCUGUGUGGGGCUCUACUCCCUGUCCUUCAUGGGCCUGCUGGCUGUGUACACAUAUUUCCGGGCCAGGAUGAGGGCUCUGAAGGGCCGUGCCAGCCACCCCACAGCCUGA